AUGUUAUCUGCCUUCAAGAAGCGGGACAUGCGAAAAAAAAUAAGGCUGUCAAGGGAGAACAAAGAGAAGAAUGAUGGGUUGGGUGGGCAACGAAGUGAUGUAGAUGGUAAUGAUGAUGAUGUUGACCAUGUUGAGGAAUCAGGUGGGGAUGAAAAAGUUCAGGAUGAAGAAGUUGAGGAUAAAGAAAGUGAGGAUGAAGAAGUUGAGGAUGAAGAAAGUGAUGGAGACUCUACAGUUGGCAAUGAGGCCAAUGAGGAAGGUGAGGAUGAAGAAAGUGAUGGAGACUCUGCGGAUGGCAAUGAAGAAAAUGAGGAAGGUGAGGAUGAAGAAAAUGAUGGAGAGUCUGGCAAUGGCAAUGAAAGAAGCGAAAAUGAAGAAACUGAUUAA